AUGGCCUGUCUGCCUUCCGCAGCAGCCCGGAUCGCCCGGGCCACCUCCGGGGGGAAGACCUCCAGGGACGCCGGCUCAGAACAGCUGCGUCCCAAGGCAGCGCCCGGCUUAACCGCCAAUUUCAAACUCCCGGGACAGCCGCGCCCGGAGCGUGCCCCUUCGCCUUUUCCUAUUGGUCGCGAGGUCACCGGCAGGAGCAACGUGAUUGGCUGGGCCGUUCACUUCCCCGUCCGCAGGGACUGGGGCGCGGGGGCGAGGUCUCCCCUGCACCCCCGCACCCCGGGCCGCUCCCCCGGAGCAGCCGGCCGGGCUGCGGCUCGGAUCCGGGAACUGCCGGGGCCGCGUGGCGCCUCGCACAACCUUCUCCUCUCCCUGCCCUUCCGCUCCUGUGGGAAGAUGUUGAAGUUCAAGUAUGGGGGUGGAGCCCGGAACCCCCCGGAUGCUGGUGCUGCUGAGCCCAUUGCCAGCCGGGCCUCCAGGCUGAACCUUCUCUUUCAGGGGAAACCACCCUUUCUGACUCAACAGCAGAUGUCUCCUCUUUCCCGGGAAGGGAUGUUAGAUGCCCUCUUUGUUCUCUUCGAAGAAUGCAGUCAGCCUGCUCUGAUGAAGAUCAAACACGUGAGCAACUUUGUCCGGAAGUAUGCCGACACCAUCGCUGAGCUCCAGCAGCUGCAGCCUGCAGCCAAGGACUUUGAGGUUCGAAGCCUCGUUGGCCGUGGUCACUUUGCUGAGGUGCAGGUGGUCAGAGAGCACACGACCGGGGACAUCUACGCCAUGAAGGUCAUGAAGAAGAAGGCCUUGCUGGCCCAGGAGCAGGUCUCAUUUUUUGAGGAGGAGAGGAACAUACUGUCUCGGAGCACCAGCCCUUGGAUCCCCCAGCUACACUAUGCCUUCCAAGACAAAGAUAACCUUUAUCUGGUCAUGGAAUAUCAGCCUGGUGGGGACUUGCUGUCACUGCUGAAUAGAUACGAGGAGCAAUUAGAUGAAAGUAUGAUUCAGUUUUACCUGGCUGAACUGAUUUUGGCUGUUCACAGUGUUCAUCAGAUGGGAUAUGUUCAUCGGGACGUCAAACCCGAGAACAUCCUCAUUGACCGGACAGGACACAUCAAGCUGGUGGAUUUCGGCUCUGCUGCUAAAAUGAAUUCAGAUAAAAUGGUGAACGCCAGACUCCCAAUUGGGACCCCGGACUACAUGGCCCCUGAGGUGCUGACCGUGUUGAACGGGGAUGGAAAAGGAGCCUAUGGCCUGGACUGCGACUGGUGGGCAGUGGGCGUGAUCACCUAUGAGAUGAUUUAUGGACGGUCUCCGUUCGCUGAGGGCACCUCAGCCCGAACCUUCAGUAACAUCAUGAACUUCCAGCGCGGCCGCCCGCCCGCCCGUGGGAGCGUAGUGGGGCUGCGGAAGCGGAGCCGCGUGCGGUGCCCCUGGCCGGGAGACGUGCCUGACCGAGCUCCUCCCCCCUUCGUUCCCACCCUCAAGUCUGAUGAUGACACCUCCAAUUUUGAUGAACCAGAGAAGAAUUCGUGGGCUCCAUCCUCUGCGUGCCAGCUGAGCCCCUCCGGCUUCUCGGGCGAAGGACUGCUGUUUGUGGGGUUUUCCUACAGCAAGGCGCUGGGGAUUCUUGCUAGAUCUGAGUCAGUUGUGUCGGGUCUGGACUCCCCUGCCAAGACUAGCUCCAUGGAAAAGAAACUCCUCAUCAAAAGCAAAGAGCUGCAAGACUCCCAGGACAAGUGCCACAAGAUGGAGCAGGAAAUGACCCGCUUACAUCGGAGAGUGUCAGAGGUGGAGGCUGUGCUUAGUCAGAAGGAGGUGGAGCUGAAGGCCUCUGAGACUCAGCGAUCCCUCCUGGAGCAGGACCUGGCCACCUACAUCACAGAAUGCAGUAGCUUAAAGCGAAGUUUGGAGCAGGCGCGGAUGGAGGUGUCCCAGGAGGAUGACAAAGCGCUGCAGCUUCUCCACGAUAUCAGAGAGCAGAGCCGGAAGCUCCAGGAAAUCAAAGAGCAGGAGUACCAGGCUCAGGUGGAAGAAAUGAGGUUGAUGAUGAAUCAGUUGGAGGAGGACCUCGUUUCUGCAAGGCGGCGGAGCGACCUCUACGAGUCUGAGCUCAGAGAGUCUCGGCUGGCAGCCGAAGAGUUCAAAAGGAAGGCUACGGAAUGCCAGCACAAACUGCUGAAGGCGAAGGAUCCAGGGAAGCCUGAAGUCGGGGAGUUUUCCAAACUGGAGAAGAUCAAUGCGGAGCAGCAGCUCAAAAUUCAGGAGCUCCAAGAGAAACUGGAAAAGGCUGUCAAAGCCAGCACGGAGGCCACUGAGCUGCUGCAGAACAUCCGCCAGGCCAAGGAGCGUGCCGAGCGUGAGCUGGAGCGGCUGCAGACCCGGGAGGACUCGUCGGAAGGCAUCAAAAAGAAGCUGGUGGAAGCGGAGGAACGCCGCCAUUCUCUGGAGAACAAGGUAAAGAGGCUAGAGACCAUGGAGCGUAGAGAAAACAGACUGAAGGAUGACAUCCAGACAAAAUCCCAACAGAUCCAGCAGAUGGCUGAUAAAAUUCUGGAGCUGGAGGAGAAGCAUCGGGAGGCCCAGGUCUCGGCCCAGCACCUCGAGGUGCACCUGAAGCAGAAAGAGCAGCACUAUGAGGAGAAAAUCAAAGUGCUAGACAAUCAGAUCAAGAAAGACCUGGCGGAUAAGGAGACCCUGGAGAACUUGAUGCAGAGACACGAGGAAGAGGCCCAUGAGAAAGGCAAAAUUCUCAGCGAGCAGAAGGCGAUGAUCAAUGCCAUGGACUCCAAGAUCAGGUCACUGGAGCAGAGGAUCGUGGAAUUGUCCGAAGCCAAUAAACUUGCAGCCAACAGCAGUCUUUUUACUCAGAGGAACAUGAAGGCUCAGGAGGAGAUGAUUUCCGAGCUCAGGCAACAGAAGUUCUACCUGGAGACCCAGGCGGGGAAACUGGAGGCCCAGAACCGGAAGCUGGAGGAGCAGCUGGAGAAGAUGAGCCACCAAGACCACACUGACAAGAGUCGGCUGCUGGAGCUGGAGACCAGGCUGCGGGAGGUCAGCCUCGAGCACGAGGAGCAGAAGCUGGAGCUGAAGCGGCAGCUCACUGAGCUGCAGCUCUCCUUGCAGGAGCGCGAGUCCCAGCUGACGGCCCUGCAGGCGGCCCGCGCAGCCCUGGAGAGCCAGCUGCGCCAGGCCAAGACGGAGCUGGAGGAGACCACGGCGGAAGCUGAGGAGGAGAUCCAGGCACUCACGGCACAUAGAGAUGAAAUCCAGCGCAAAUUCGAUGCCCUUCGUAACAGCUGCACUGUCAUCACAGACCUGGAGGAGCAGCUCAACCAGUUGACCGAGGACAAUGCCGAGCUCAACAACCAAAACUUCUACUUGUCCAAGCAACUGGAUGAGGCUUCGGGCGCCAGCGAUGAGCUUGUGCAGCUGCGGAGUGAGGUGGACCAUCUCCGCCGGGAGAUCUCAGAGCGGGAGAUGCAGCUCACCAGCCAGAAGCAAACGAUGGAGGCACUGAAGACCACCUGCACCAUGCUGGAGGAGCAGGUCAUGGACCUGGAGGCCCUCAACGAUGAGCUGCUGGAGAAGGAGCGCCAGUGGGAGGCUUGGAGGAGCGUCCUCGGCGACGAGAAGUCCCAGUUUGAGUGCCGCGUGCGGGAGCUGCAGCGGAUGCUAGACACUGAGAAGCAGAGCAGGGCGCGUGCCGACCAGCGGAUCACCGAGUCCCGCCAGGUCGUGGAGCUGGCAGUGAAGGAGCACAAGGCUGAGAUUCUCGCUCUGCAGCAGGCACUCAAGGAACAGAAGCUGAAAGCCGAGAGCCUCUCUGACAAGCUCAAUGACCUGGAGAAGAAACAUGCCAUGCUCGAGAUGAACGCCCGGAGUUUGCAGCAGAAACUGGAGACAGAACGCGAGCUCAAACAGAGACUGCUGGAGGAGCAAGCCAAAUUACAGCAGCAGAUGGACCUACAGAAGAACCACAUUUUCCGCCUGACGCAAGGGCUGCAGGAAGCUCUAGAUCGGGCCGAUCUCCUGAAGACCGAGAGGAGCGACCUGGAGUAUCAGCUUGAAAAUAUUCAGGUUCUCUACUCUCACGAAAAGGUGAAAAUGGAAGGCACCAUUUCCCAACAAACCAAACUCAUCGAUUUCUUGCAAGCCAAAAUGGACCAACCUGCCAAAAAGAAAAAGGUUCCUCUGCAGUACCAUGAGCUGAAGGCGGCGCUGGAGAAGGAGAAAGCUCGCUGCGCCGAGCUGGAGGAAGCCCUCCAGAAGACCCGCAUCGAGCUGCGCUCCGCGCGGGAGGAAGCUGCCCACCGGAAAGCCGUGGACCACCCGCACCCGUCGACGCCGGCCACCGCCAGGCAGCAGAUCGCCAUGUCCGCUAUCGUGCGGUCCCCCGAGCACCAGCCCAGUGCCAUGAGCCUGCUGGCCCCGCCCUCCAGCCGCAGGAAGGAGUCCUCCACCCCAGAGGAGUUCAGCCGGCGCCUGAAAGAGCGCAUGCACCACAAUAUCCCGCAUCGGUUCAACGUGGGACUGAACAUGCGCGCCACCAAGUGCGCCGUGUGCCUGGAUACGGUGCACUUCGGACGUCAGGCCUCCAAAUGCCUCGAGUGCCAGGUGAUGUGCCACCCCAAGUGCUCCACGUGCUUGCCGGCCACCUGUGGGCUGCCUGCCGAGUACGCCACGCACUUCACCGAGGCCUUCUGCCGCGACAAGAUGAACUCCCCGGGCCUCCAGAGCAAGGAGCCCGGCAGCAGCUUGCACCUGGAAGGGUGGAUGAAGGUGCCCAGGAAUAACAAACGAGGGCAGCAAGGCUGGGACCGGAAGUACAUCGUUCUGGAGGGAUCGAAAGUCCUCAUCUAUGACAAUGAGGCCAGAGAAGCUGGACAGAGGCCGGUGGAGGAAUUUGAGCUGUGCCUUCCCGACGGGGAUGUCUCCAUCCAUGGCGCCGUCGGUGCUUCUGAGCUCGCAAACACAGCCAAAGCAGAUGUCCCCUACAUUCUGAAGAUGGAGUCGCACCCGCACACCACCUGCUGGCCCGGGAGGUCCCUCUACCUGCUGGCACCCAGCUUCCCCGACAAGCAGCGCUGGGUCACCGCCUUAGAGUCCGUGGUCGCAGGUGGGAGAGUGUCCAGGGAAAAGGCAGAAGCCGACGCUAAACUUCUUGGAAACUCUCUGCUAAAACUGGAAGGCGACGACCGCCUGGACAUGAACUGCACGCUGCCCUUCAGUGACCAGGUGGUGCUGGUGGGCACCGAGGAAGGGCUGUAUGCACUGAACGUCUUGAAAAACGCCCUCACCCACGUCCCCGGCAUCGGAGCCGUCUUCCAGAUCUACAUCAUCAAGGACCUGGAGAAGCUGCUCAUGAUAGCAGGAGAAGAGCGGGCCCUGUGCCUCGUGGAUGUGAAGAAGGUGAAGCAGUCCCUGGCGCAGUCGCACCUGCCCGCCCAACCCGACGUCUCGCCCAACGUCUUCGAGGCUGUCAAGGGUUGCCACCUGUUUGGCGCCGGCAAGAUUGAGAAUGGGCUCUGCAUCUGCGCUGCCAUGCCCAGCAAAGUCGUCAUUCUCCGCUACAAUGAAAACCUCAGCAAGUACUGCAUUCGGAAAGAGAUUGAGACCUCGGAGCCCUGCAGCUGCAUCCACUUCACCAACUACAGCAUCCUCAUCGGGACCAACAAGUUCUAUGAGAUCGACAUGAAGCAGUACACGCUGGAAGAAUUCCUGGACAAGAAUGACCACUCCUUGGCAGCCGCUGUGUUCGCCUCGUCUUCCAACAGCUUCCCAGUCUCUAUCGUGCAGGUGAACAGCACAGGGCAGCGGGAAGAGUACCUGCUCUGCUUCCAUGAAUUUGGGGUAUUUGUGGAUUCUUACGGAAGACGCAGCCGCACCGAUGACCUCAAGUGGAGCCGCUUACCUUUGGCCUUUGCCUACCGAGAACCCUAUCUGUUUGUGACCCACUUCAACUCCCUGGAAGUCAUUGAGAUCCAGGCCCGCUCCUCUCUGGGGACCCCCGCCCGAGCGUAUCUGGAAAUCCCCAACCCACGCUACCUGGGCCCCGCGAUUUCCUCGGGCGCGAUUUACCUGGCGUCCUCGUACCAGGACAAACUGAGAAUCAUUUGCUGCAAAGGCAACCUCGUGAAGGAGUCGGGCACUGACCACCACCGGGGCCCCUCCACCUCCCGCAGCCCCAACAAGCGAGGCCCGCCCACCUACAAUGAGCACAUCACCAAGCGAGUGGCCUCCAGCCCAGCGCCCCCCGAAGGCCCCGGCCACCCGCGAGAGCCAAGCACACCCCACCGCUACCGUGAGGGGCGAACAGAGCUGCGCAGGGACAAGUCCCCCGGCCGGCCUCUGGAGCGCGAGAAGUCCCCAGGCCGGGUGCUGAGCACGCGGAGGGAGCGCUCCCCCGGGAGGCUCUUCGAGGACAGCAGCAGGGGCCGGCUGCCCGUGGGGGCCGUGAGGACCCCACUGUCCCAGGUCAACAAGGUCUGGGACCAGUCUUCUGUCUAACCCUUAGCCAGAAACCAACUCCUCAUCUCCGUCUGCAGGAAAACACUGAACCCACUCUGGAACUCAGCUGAAGGGGAGCCCAGCGCCCGCCUGCUCAGCUGCCCCAGGGCAUGGCUGGACCCAGAGCCAGC